CAUGGCGGUUUCGAAGAUCAUUUGCUUACGAGUGCAGCUGAUGCGCGAAAGAAAUGACUUUUCCACAUGUCCAGCUGUUCCUCAUCGUCCCUGACCGUAUUAGUUGCUGCGGUGCCUCUCUUCUAACGACAAAAGUAUUUUGUACAGUUCGGUGCAGAGAUGGGUCGAGGAGGCCAGGUACCCUGUGUGGCAACGACACGUAAAUCCGUCGUGUUGGGUUGUCGCCGCAGCUUGGCAGAUGGCUAUUUUAAGCGCUCGCUAACGUAGCCGCCCCGCAUCAAGAUGUUCUCUCGGCUAGCCACCGCAUUUUCUAAUGCGGUGGAUGCUUUAGCGCCACCGCUUCCGUUACACGAGGAGUUUCAGUGGCAUUGGACGGCGAUCAUGAAGUUCUACACCGACCGCAACUCGAACAGCAAGAAACCCAUAGAGCUGACAGGUUUGGCCGGGCGCCUCGAAGAAAUGUCGAAGAUACUAGAGCAGGAGGAAGCCGAACUUGGAAGUGAAAACAUGGGGCCAUGUAUGGAGCACUUCUUGCAGCACAAGAUGCUCGAACAAAUGAGCGCGUUGUCGAGAGCGGACACUCCCCCCGGAAUCAAGAAGUGCGUCCUUGUGUUCACCACGCGGCUUCUGUCCAACAGCAAACAAGUGUUGUUGCCGCAGAUGGGGAUCUACACUGCCGUCCAAAAGCUCAUCGGUCUUUGCGGCGAGGUUCUGGCUGCGCCUACGGAACGAGAAGAGGCUGGCUUUCUUAACAUCGUAUGCCAGAAAAUCCGAGCCGACCCCAGCAUCCUCACUUGCUUCUUACCAACAGUGCAUGAAGAGAGGCAUCGAUCGUCCAUUCCAAAUGGAAAGCAACCAGACGGAAGCUGUGGUGACACGUCUGCCUUGUCAUUCCCAUUGCUUCGGGCCUGCCUCACCCUAAUGGAGAGUGCCGACUCUGACGUUUCUACGCUCGCAGCAGAGUGCCUUAUAUUGUGCAUGUCUAACCUAGGCGACGAAGUCGCGCACUACGUAAUCGCCAAGUCUAACAUGUGUUCCAGUGUGAUUCUUCACCUAGUCAAGCUCUAUUGUGCCAUACCUCACACAUUGAAAGCAGCCGACAUUGACGAAGCUGUGACUUCUUGGAGUGCAGAUACCGUUACUUCCAGUGGUUCAGCAGACCAUCAAGUUCUGGCACCUGGGAAGCGGAAACUGCUUUGCUUCUUUAAGUGGCUGGGCUUCACGGACACCUUGGUUGAGCUGUCAAAUGCCAUCGUAGGUGCUGAGCUAGGCAAGACAUUCUUGGAAGACUUUCUACAGGGUCCUCUCUUCGACGACUUCACCAAAGCCGAGUCUGAAGAGAGCUUCCUUUUCAUCACUUCACUAGUCACCACUUGCUUGCGCAAUCUUAAUUCAAAAGACUUGGUUGCCACUGUCGGAAGCUUCUUGUUAGGUGAACAGAAGGGAUCCAGUGCUUCACCAAAGGACAUGCUGUUGGAGCGUGGCCGGGAUCCUAACGCUUCUCCCCAGCUUGUGCUCACCACCCUUCAGGCCUUUGAAGAGCUAUUGCAAAGGCCUUCGAAGGAGAUUCUAGAUAGCUUACUGCUCAGCCACCUUGUUGGCCGCAACUACCAAAGUGACGUCGCUGCCGAAGCUUUUGAUUUCAGUGACGACGACCAGGAGGGAUUGUGCAAUCGUGUGGGUAAGGCAAACAUGAGUGAUUUUGAAAUUUCACCCGGAUCGUCACCAGUUAGCCGCACAUUCGCGCCUGCGCAGAUUCAUCGCAUUCUCAAUUGCUUCCUAAUGCUCUUGCCCGACGAAAUAAAGUCGUGCGAGGAGACUGACUCUGGCUACGACGCGUACAUUUCUGACGCGCACCGGCAGUACCAGGACAUGCUUGCAGUCACCGACGGUUGGGAGUGGCCUAGCGAGCCCGUAAGAGAAGAACCGCCCAGUGCCGAGGACGACCAGAGCUCUGAUUCGCAACCUGAGGCUGACAGCCUUCACCACGGGUACUACGAAGGUCCCUUUCUGUCCAUGCUGUUGGACCGCAUUGAAAACAUGCACAGACAGCCGUACGAUGUGAACCUGCUGGUAACCUCCCUCAUCUCGCGGCUCGCGCUGUUUGCCCAUCCAAACCUUCACGAGUACCUGUUGAACCCGCUGCUUCCUUUGGCCCCUGGGGCGAGAUCGUUGUUCACUGCCCUCCUCAAGGUUGUGGAGGAGAUUCAGGUUGCAGUUCAUGGCAUGGAAAACCUCAAGCGCAAGCUCAUGUUGACACGCAAUGCACUUCUCAAUGACAGUGGUGACGACUCCGCACUGGGAGAUGAAUCCAGUGUCUUGGAAGCCAUCAUCGUUCUUGAGGAGUUUUGUAAAGAACUUGCAGCUGUGGCCUUUGUCAAGUACCAUGCAGCUGCAUAACGGGCUGGACUGUGGCUUUUUCUCUGUGUAAAAUGGACAAAGAAAGAAUGCCGUGUGAAAAGGCAAAAACAUGCACGAACUUCAAAGAAGGUUUACAUGGUGGUGAUUGAGCCAUGGCUCAAUCUUUUAUAACACACUUCAGCACCGUGCUUUUAUUUUUGCUUUUGUUUUUCCGGUCAAUGAAAGCUGUAGUGGAAGCAUUUACCAUUAAGUAGGUCAUGUUCAUGAUUACUUUGCUGCUGACGGCAAGUUUUUACGUUUGUCAGAACUGCAGCACAGCAAAGCAUUAUUUUUCACUGACUGCAGGCACUUAUGCCUUUUUUAGCUUUAAAAGAUUUUUGCAAAAAUGAGCAAGGUCCUUCAAUGGCGCCUUGAGCAUCUGUGUAUACAACAUACUGAUGUAUUUCUGUACUAGAAGAUAGCAUUUUUUGUGCUCUUCAUUUUAUCGCUGUGGGAUAUUGUUGCACAGUCCAUAUACUGCGCUGUCAUUUCGCACAACAUGUACGGCAGUGUGGUGCCUUUGCGUGGCAUACGAGAGAGUACUUUAUCGAAAAAGCGCACAGGGUUUUCAGUGGCAUUGCAGGAUUUUCACUUGAACGGCACAACUGUUACAGAGGCCAGUGUACUGCAAUAGACUGAAAUUAUGCGUGUUUAGCUUUGCCGAUUUCUGGCGUAAGCGUGAAGUAUAUUUUAGUGAUGCUAGAGAAAAUACAAAGUUUAUUUGAUUUUUUUAAAGACACAAAGUGAAGAUGAUUGAUUAUAUGUCUCUGUGAACAUUUUAAAAACGAUGUAACAAAAGUCACUUGUAAAAUAAAGUGAAAACUGCCUGUUCAUUGUCAGAAUUUUAAAAAAUUGCUGUCGGAUGUUUUCAACUUCUUAUGCUAUGAAAUAAAUGCGACCCUCAUUUUUUUGUUUGCUUCA